AACGAACUUGACGCUCCAGCGCUGCAGGACGGAUGGACAAGACACGGCACGUGAGUUGAGACUCGCUGAACUAGAGCUACGCGUCAGGCGCGCAGACGCACGCGUAGAGGAUAGAGCGCGACGCGCGGAUGCGGCGCGUCGAGCUGAAGAGGAAAUGACUCGUCUGCUCAGAACGGACGUCGCCAGGGUGGAAGAAAAGCUUCGAGAAGCAGAGGAGAGACAUCAAGAGACGAGACAGCAGCUGGAUAAGUUUGUCCGAAGUCUUCCAAAAGAUUGUUCAAUGAUGUCUGCUCCUGGCCCCGCCCUCAUCCAGGUCCCGUCUCUAGGUCCUACAGAAGUCCAUUGUGAUCCACCCUGGCUCAUUUUCCAGCGUCGUUCAGAUGGAAGCGAAGACUUUUUUCGAGACUGGGCAGACUACCGUCGUGGCUUUGGCAGUCCCAGGAAGUCAGAGUUCUGGCUUGGCAACGAACUCUUGCAUCGUCUCACCAAGAAGGGGGCACGUCUGAGGGUGGAACUCUGGGACGUCCAGGACAGAUACUUCGUAUCCGAGUACGAUACUUUCCAUGUGGGUCCCGAAGAAGACAGGUACGCCCUGCAGGUUGGCGGCCACAGAGGCAAUGUUAGCGACGCCCUCCGUCAUCACACUCAAAUGGGAUUCAGCACAAAGGAUAAGGACAAUGAUGCCUCGAGCACACACUGUGCCCUCCACUACACGAGUGGAUGGUGGUAUCAACACUGCCACCGAGCUGACCUCAACGGUCGGUUCCCGCUUGGUGUGACUUGGUACGACGAGACAAAUCAUGAUUGGCUGCAACUGAAGAAGGUGGAGAUGAAGUUAGCGACAGCACCAAAUACUGUGUGAUGUUAUGCAUCGGAGUCCUAGUUUCAGCACUGUCAUUAGAAUGAGUUUUAUAAACGGGCUCAAAAACGAGAAUUGCUCAAUUACCAGGUGCUUUUGAGUAUCUCCAAAGAGAAAAGACAUUGGAACAUUGGAUAUACUUAUCAAUGACUACAUUUCUAAGCUGGUCAACUCAAGUAAUCACGUUCUACUGUAAAAAUCGUGAGAUAUUGUCUGUCCUUUUACAACAACACUGCUAGUGAAUAUCAACUACUAUUGCCAAUGUUUUAAAGAAUAUAGGUCAA